AGAACGGAAUAUAGACGGAGAAAAACAGAGAAAUGCAGUGCUCUGAUUUUACCUUUUCAGGGAGCGAUUCACGCUUCUACAUCCCUUCGAACCCUAACAUUACCGGUCGCCGACCAAUUCCCUGCCACCGAUCUCGGGUUUUCUUUCCCAGCACUCCGCCGUGCAAUUCGACGCGCUCGCCGCCUCUUUCAAUCAGAGCCAAGGCCUCGUUCAACGAAGGAACCGUCUCCUCCGAGGUCGCCGAAGGCUCCUUCUACGAUUUGCUCGGUAUAUCUCAGUCCGGAUCCUUGGAGGAAAUCAAGCACGCGUACAAGCAACUCGCUCGGAAGUACCAUCCGGACGUGUCGCCGCCGGGGCGUGCGGAGGAGUAUACGAAGAGGUUCAUUCGUGUUCAGGAGGCGUACGAGACAUUGUCGGAUCCGAGGAGGAGAGCGCUGUAUGAUAGAGAUAUGGUUGGAGGUCUUCAAGUCGCAUUCUCUGGUCGGAGACGAUACGACGCCCAUGAGGAAGUUCCAGGGAGAAGGGAAUGGAGAAAUGGUUGGCAAGCUCAGAUCUCAGAAUUGAAGAGAAGAAGCAUGGACAGGGAUUCAAGACAAAAUAUGUCAUGGGGAGCUCGAAUGCGCCGGCAAAUGAAUGAACAGGUCUGAUGGAAUUAUAUAUAUCAAGGGAAAAUUAUGUUUGACUCAACAUCAGUACAUAGAAAAACGGCCUAUUUUGGUAACAAUAAUUUUGAUGUUAGUUCUUCCCCCCUUUCCCUUUUGUAAUUUGCUUAAGACGUUACUCUAUGUAAAAACUAACAAUUACUAGAAAACAAAUCUAAUUCAUAGAGUUAGAAAAUAAAAGCCAAAGUUGUGCAUAUGGUCUCCAACUUUAGUUUUCUGAACCAAGGUAGGGAAUAAUUAAAGGAAACCGUCAAAUAUCUGCCAUUUUGGUCCUGUAAUUUAAUUUUUAUUCUAUUUUGGGCC